AUGGCGACGGAGACGAAACCCUCGUCAGAGCCGCCGCCGCCGCAGUUCCAGGUGGACGAGGCGUACGAGUACCGCGCGCCCAAGUACUUCGACUUCGUCGCCGACGAGACGGACGACCAAGUCCGCGCCGCCGAGCGCUGGUUCGAGGCCGGCGCCAGCCACGCGCCCUCACCGUUCGCCCCGAGGAUCAAGGAGUCCAGAGCGGCGGUCAAGAUCGACGGACUCUGCGACUUCGCCGACGCGGAGGACCCGCCGGCUCAGGCUCCGUCUCCCAAGAAGGGAGCGACGGAGGAGGCAGCGGGCAACAGCACCAAUCUCGCAGGGAGCGUUCAUGGCGCUGCUCCUUGUGCCGACGCCAUGUCGGAGUCGCCGCCAGCAGCAGAAGAGAUGGAGGAGUCGCCAAAGUCUUUCGAGUUCCCUCUGCCCAAAGACGCAGCUGCAAAAUCAGCAGGUGGUGGGUCCAGCACCCCGAAGAUUCAGAGGCCACCUCCACCUGCGGAAGUUACCAACCCUGCGCCGAGUCGCGUCAAGUCAACGAUGAAAAACGAGUUGCGCACUCCGAAGGUGCAGGGGAACAACGCAUCCACUGGGCCGAAGAGCGUGCGGCACUCUAAUCUGACGCAGUCCUUGCUGACAUUGAAGAAGAGUGUGAUCAAGGGUGCUCGUGAUGCGGUGGCCGGAAAGGCAGCUGCUGCUGCAAAUGAUAUUGCGCAAGAACAUCAGGCUGUGAAGAAGCAAAAACUAGAUGAUGGAAGGACGAGACAGAUAUUAAACGUCAAGACUCGGGUGCUGCCACACAAGGGAAAAGGUGGUUUAGCAGGAAGCACUGAGAUGACAUCCUCGUCUUCCAUGAGGAAGCACCAUGGCGGCGCCCACUCUCUGAAGGAAGGAACUCCAUACAUUUCAGCAGCUGAAAUGGUAAAAAAGUUCGAGUCGGGGACUAGAGAUUUGGGCAGCCACCACAACAGAGCAAUGCCGAAUGAGGAUGCAGCAACUAAGUUACAGAGAAGGCCCAAACUUACGCUAACAAGGCCGAAGGAACCUGAGUUUCAGACCACCCACAGGGUCCGAGCAGUGAGGAUGAAGAACUCUUCAGAGCUAGAGGAGGAAAUGCUGGCCAAGAUCCCAAAGUUCAGAGCACGGCCAUUUAACAAAAAAAUUUCUGAAGCUCCAUCGUUCCCUCCUCUUCCAAGGACAGCUCCACAUCUCCCUGAAUUCAAUGAGUUUCACCUUAAAACGAUGGAAAGAGCGUCUCGACAUGCGGACACGUGUUCAGAAGCUUCUUCAGUGGGAACUGUGCAGAGUCAUGGUAAUAGGUCACUUAAACUGACUGCAGCGAAACCCCCACAACUUGCGACAGCACUGCGCGCAAGGCCAUCAAGGGCGAAAAGUUCUCAGGAAUUGGAACUCGAGGAAUUGGAGAACGCCCCCAAGUUCAAGGCCAAGCCGCUGAACAAGAAGAUUUUUGAGAGCAAGGGUGACAUCGGUGUUUUUGCCCAUCCAAAGUCUCAGGCAACAAUCCCCAAGGAGUUCCAUUUCCGUACCGAUGACCGCUUGGGUCCUCCAGCAGUUGCGGAUCUUUUCGACAAGCUUUCUCUGUAUUCUGAAUCUUCCUCGUAUCACGACAAGAAAGAUGUGCCAAGACUGACGAUACCCAACCCUUUCAAUCUACAUACAGAUGAAAGAGGGCAUGAUAAGGAGAGGCAACUAGAGGCACAACUCUUACAGAAGAAACUGGAGGAAGAGAAGGCCAGAAAAUUCAAAGCUAAUCCCUACCCCUACACCACAGACUAUCCAGUGGUGCCACCAAAGCCUGAACCGAAACCAUGCACGAGACCAGAAGGUUUUCAGCUGGAGAGCUUGGUGAGACAUGAAGUGGAGCAGCAAAGAUUAAUGGAAGAAAGAGAGAGGAUAGCGAAGGAAGAGGCUCAGAAGAGACUUGUCAGGGCACAACCGAUACUGAAGGAGGACCCUAUUCCUCUUCCAGAGAAGGAGCGGAUACCUCUUACUGAAGUGCAACAAUUUGAAUUGCAUGUCGACGAGAGGGCAAUUCACAGAUCAGAAUUUGAUACCAUGGUAAAGGAGAAGGAGAUCAGUUACAAGAGAUUGCGAGAGGAGAAUGAAUUUGCGCAAAAGAUUGAGGAAGAGAAGGCGCUGAAGCAGCUAAGGAGGACCAUGGUGCCACAAGCACGGCCCCUCCCAAAGUUUGACAGACCGUUCCGUCCACAAAGGUCAACGAAGCAGGUGACCAGGCCCAAGUCGCCACAGCUUCAGGUGAAUGAAAGAGGGGCGAGAAGGCACGCUUUCAUGAGAUGAUCCCAGUCUCAAGCUGCUCCCCAUAUGUCGCCUUUUCUUUUCUUUUCUUUUUCCUGGCGCCAAGAUCAUCCCCUAUCUUGUUGCUGAUGUGCAUCAGAUUAUUGUUUUCAUUCUUUCUGAUCGAUUA